AUGGCGGUGGACGAGCUACCCGAAGCUAUCCAAAGAGAAGCCGAACUCCAAAGGCAAAUCGAUCGUCUGCAAAGUCAAGCUACCGAGUUGCAUAAAACUCGGGAGGAGGCUAAUCCCGAGCUCUCCUCGGAAUUCCAGAGCCAGAAGGAGAAGCUCAACGAACACUCCAAGCAACGGGAGCAGAGCACCGAGAAGCUCAGCCAGCUCGAAUCGGAGAAUCUUAACCUCCGUGAUGAGAACCAAGCCCUCAACACGGCGAGUAACAAGAAGCGUCGAUUCCGGGCUCAGGUCCGCCCCAUGCCGGCUCUGGAGACACCCAACUCCGGAACAGGUGUGAAUCUCCCACCUACGGCAUCGGGAGGAGACGCAUCAACGCGCGAGAAGGCUAAGGAUGCUCAGACCUACGAUGUUGAAGACAGCGAAUCUGAGCUGGAACCCGAUAAGGAAUCACUUGACGGAGCAAUGAAAGUGGAGUCUCCUAUGGUCGCUUACCUGGAGCAUAUGUUCUCCAAGAGACUCGAUGCCAUGCAGUCCAUGGUAGAGAGGCUCCCAGGAAUAUCUCCCCCCAUCCGGAAGAGCAACCCCGAAUCUUAUGCCGAAACUCCUUUCACGGAUGAGAUCACCUUGAUCGAGAUGCCCAGGAAGUUCUCCUUCCCCAUCACAAAGGUGUAUGACGGCACCACUGAUCCGGACGACCACGUCGCCCAAUACAGACAAAGGAUGCUCGUCGUAGCACUCCCAAAGGAGUCGUGUGAAGCUACCAUGUGCAAAGGGUUCGGCUCAAACCUGACCGGACCUGCUCUGCAAUGGUACAUCAACCUACCCUCCAUGUCCAUAGCCUCCUUCGCGAUUCUCAGCGAUAAGUUCGUGGAACAAUUCGCCAGUAGCAGGAACCUGGAGAAAACCUCUGAUGGCCUCUACGAAAUCCUCCAACACCGAGCGGAACCCUUACGAGGCUACAUAGCCCGCUUCAAUCAAGAGAAAGUGGUUAUUCCUGAAUGCAGCAUCCCCACUGCUAUCGCUGCCUUCAAAAGAGGCCUAAUCCCCGACGGGGAUCUCUUUAAGGAGUUAACCAAAUACCAGUGCAAAACCAUGGAAGACGUCCUAUCUCGAGCAUGGGCGCAUGUCAAAUGGGAAGAAGAUGUCGCCAGCUGCGCUAAGGCGCAACAAAAGCAAGAUCCCAAGACAAUCAGGCCGGACCGAACUGAGCGAGACGAGAAGCCCUCUCAAAGACCAGCCAGGGACUCCGGAAAACGAAACCGAGGCAGAUACCAGAACCAGCCGAUCGAGAAGGCAGAAGGGAUGAGGAAGAUGGGCCAACAGGUCAAGUGGCCUCAGAAGAUGAAAGCACCUGACUCUUUCUGGAACCCUGGUUUCUGGUGCGACUUCCACCGAGACCACGGUCAUAAAAUGGAGGACUGCGUCGCACUGAAGAUCGAGCGGCAUAAGCCACGCAGCCGCGAAGAAAAUCACCUGGAACGCCAAGCACGGCCUAGAGGCAGGCAGGCCAAAAUGCAUGCUCCUAGGUACGGACGAAAUAAGUUUCACAGCAAGGAGCAGGAAAAAGUUACCACCCCACAUCACGACACCCUGGUCAUAUCACUCACUGUAGCGAACUGCCUGAUGAAAAGGAUAUUGGUAGAUAACAGAAGCUCCGGCAAUAUCAUCUUCCAGGCUGCAUACAAGGAUCUGGGGCUGGAGGAAAGUGCUCUAACUCGGAGGAUAACCCCACUUAUAGGGUUCAGCGGAGAAGUCAAGCAGACCGCCGGAGAGGUGACCCUCCCGGUAUACGUUGAAGGGAUCAAUAUGUCAACCAAAUUCCUUGUCGUUGACUGCGAUUCAUCCUACAAUAUGAUCCUAGGGCGGCCAUGGAUUCACGGCAUGGAGGUCGUCCCUUCGACUCUUCACGAGAUGGUGAAAUUCCCUACACACUGGGGCAUAAAGGCGAUCAGAGGAGAUCAAAAGUAUUCCCACUCUUGCUACCAGACUACUAUGAAGGGAAAGACCAAGGUCUUAUAG